CGAAAACCAGUUCUGCCGUAUUUUUACAUUUCAAAAGACGGAGAAGCGCAUCCUGGUUGGGUAGGAUCAGCAGCGCCCCUCAAUAACGGAAAUCUGGUGGUGCGCAAAGAGCGCUUGAACUGUGCCGGGCAGCCCGUCGGAGCCGCUUUGUGAGACUGUUUCGCACCUGCUCUCGAAGUUAAGAGCGCAGGGAGGGGGGCUCCUGCUUGCGGGGUCGCUUUUUGGUUCCGAGCCGUAUAUAUAUAUUUUUUUUCUUUUUCUUGUUGCGGCUUGGAGGUAGUAAAAUGCAGGCGGAGGUCUUACUGAACGCGUCCAUCGCGCAUCAGGCAGAAGCGCUGAAGCUGCUGCAGCAGCAGGUGGACCUGAAACAAAGAGGCGGCGUGACGCGCGACAGAUGCGGCGGGCAAGCGCCCGUCUCCGGCAGGAGCUCACUGCGGGAGCGCGUUAACCCCAACGACGGGGCUGUUUUGAAGAGGGGCUCAGGCUGGCCGGCUCGAUCCGACAGAGGAUGCGAAGUCCGUACUCUAGCCGUGAGAGCCCGAGAAAGUGCCUUUUGUAAGUUAACCGAGAUAGCUUCCCAAGUUAUUUCCACGGAGCAAGACAUUUGCCGCUUUCUCUCCCCGAACCGGGGAAUCGUAAUGCACCCCAAGGACAGUAUUGAUCUCCAAAACAUCUGUAUACGCAUGGCGGCACGGGCCGAUGGGCACCAGUCAGACAAGGACUUGAAAGAGCUAAGGGACUGCUUGAAAACCAUUGUCGACAGCCUGCUUUUGUCCCUGAGUCACUACAGCUCUCCUUCACACACACGGGCAAGAGGACAGCUCCUGCAAAUCUGUGAAACGUUUCUUGACGUUUGAAAAGUCCUUAUCCUCAAAAGGGGGCUUCAGCAUAGGAAAUCACUCUUUCAUACUUCAUGGAUUGAAUUACUGUACGGAGGUUGACCUUUUGCAGAAACCCAGAAAGAGAAGUGUGAUACCAUGUAUUUUUUUAAUGUAUUACUUCCGUUGAACAGCUCAAAAAAGCUGUGAUUGCUUAGUGUUCAACUGAAGGAGUAGGAGGAUGGACCAUGUAAGAAUCAAGUGGCCCAGGAAUGCUCCAUCCAAUCUGAUAACAUUUUCACUUUCUAAAAGUAGAGCAAAAACAUGGCAGAUAACUAGAUUGCUGGUAACAGAUAGCAGCUGUAAAAUAGCUCCUUUCAUGCCCGCUGUAUCAUGAGUGAUCUUAGUUUAAUAAAGGAAAGACUGUGUUUAUUCUCACAUUCGUUUAUCUGGGAGAGUGAAGAUCAGAAACCGUUAUAACAAAAUUUCCAGAAAUAUUUUUGUUAUGAGUACUUCUAUUUGAAUAGCUACAAUGGUCUUAGAAAACAAACUCCUCUACCAAGUGAAAUAUUUAUAGCUAUCAAAGCGAAAAGAGACUGAGAAUUCAAAUUAUUUUGACCAUUUUGUAAAUUCAGAAUUAGUCUUGUUUGGGUUGGAUUCAGCACUGAGUUUUGUUUCGCUAAGUGUCUUUUUUUGGACUAGAUGGGAGCCUCGGUAGAUUUUGUCAUCAAGAAUGUAACAUUUCAGCACUAAUUAUGUUAGCUAACUGUGAACUAUCUGUUUACAGCUUGACUGUUAAAUAAUUCACUUUUGUGAAUGCUCAGUUUGGGACUGUUGGUUGUACAUAUAUUGUAACUUGAGUUGUUUUUUUAUCAUUAGCACAAUUAAUGAGACAUAUCCAGAUCUCUCAGAAUGGAUGGGUCCCAGGUGUUCUGUCUGCUCUCAUUGUCUCUUCACUAGAAGCUUUGAAAGCAAAGAUAAGUAUGUUGUGCAAGGUAAUGGUUUAGCCAAUUCAUAUUGUACAGUUCCCUGCAAUUCAAAUUAAACUGUAGUGGGAAUUAAUUUGCUUGCCAGUAAAGCUUUCCUAAUUUAAAACAUACAGACUACUGUGGUUCUUACUAGGGUCCUGGGGGACGUCUUCCAGGGUCUUUUGAUUGAAUUGCCUCUGAGGUCUCCAUUUCCCAAUGGAUCAGAUGAUUACCAAGUUAAGGCCGGACAAUGAGGAAUGACGUGGAGGAUAAACUAACGAAUGGAGAAACAGUCCUGACUGAAUACGAAAACACAGAUUUGUUGGACUAAAAUAUGACAUGUGUGGGGUCAUAUCAAUAUGUCAGCCCAUCCAGUAUUAUCAAAAAGGUUUGGAUGGGUCCUCUUUUGUUUUCCCAAUGGAACCUCAGGCCAUGUGCAGAUGGUUCAAUUUGCAAAUGGUGGGCAGGAUACUACUACUACUAAUAACUACUACUUCUACUACUACUAAUAACAAGAAGAAUAGUUGGAUCAUUGAGAAAACUACUACAUUAAAUUAACUAAAUGGGGUUUGUGCUGACAGGCUCUCUGAAAAAGUAUUUGAAAUGUGAAUCAAAAUGUGAUUUUAGGUGCCUUAUUGGCUUGGACAUAAUGACUGCGUUAUGUUGUACUGUGGUAUUUCAUUAUAAAGAUAAAUCAAUGUGUGUUUCAUGAUUUCUUUGUAACUUUGCUUUCAACAAAUCCAUGUUGCAUGGAGCUUUUGUGUAAUUUCUGCAGUAAUGUGGGCAUUACAUUUUCUGAUUCAAUGAGCAUUGCUAACAAAGUGAUACUUAUUUAGUUUUCUGAUUAUCACUCAUCUGCGAAAUUCAUGCUGUGUGACAAUGCCGCCUAAAAUAAAGGGAGUUUAAAUCCA